UCCAAAGAUGACUUCAGCUACCACCUUCCUGUUUUUUGCGAUCCAUUUAGCCUGUAUCAGAGCUGGAAAUUCCCCUGAGACAUUUGUCAAACUGGAGUGUAAAGAAGAAUACCAUGGGGUUUAUGGUCAGCAGUCAUUGCUGCAGUGUAAUGUCAAAGCUGUUGAGAAUGUGACCAUCUUGACCGUGACCUGGAAGCGGGUGGAAGCUGAUCCUCUUUUGUUGGAAUACCAUAAAGAUACAUCUAACCUAACACCUGGAUUUACAUUUGCUGAGCCAUCCUGGAACAAGGAUAAUAUGAAUGUGUCCUUGUUGUUGACAAAGACCAAGAUGGCCGACAAGGGUGUGUAUGAAUGCAUGGUGAGAACAGACAGUGGUGAUGAUACAGCUACAACCAGCCUCAGUGUCACAGCUAAGUACAUAACUCCAACCUUGAGCUCCAUCCCUGAGACCAACAUCAAAGAGAACACAGAUGUGACCAUUUUCUGCAACUCUACAGGCGGGCACCAGAAAGGGUUGAUCUGGUGGUUUGACCAGGAUGGCUACAAUUGGACGCGCAGGGCUGAACUGGUGGCCAAAGAGACUGACGAUGGACUGUUUAGCCUCUCCAGUAAAUUCAUAGUGCUGAAGGCUACAUCCAGUUACACAAACUACACGUGCAAAGUGCUCAAUGUCAAUGGUGCCGUGGAGGGGAAGGCGUCAUUUGUGAUCCAGUUAGCGCCGCAAGUCUCAGGUACGUGCUGCCGUGCCUGCUACCUAUGGGUAUAA